CAGAAAACAUGGCAAAGGCAGAAAUCGACACAAGUCCACAGCACUGCUGCGUCUGCCUGGACACAAUUCAGGACGAGAAGACGCUCAAGUGUCUCCACUCUUUCUGCUCUCAGUGCAUUGAGUCGGUGUUCAGGGUCAAGCCUGCGUGUCCAAUAUGCAACACCUACCACGGCGUGUACACGGGCACGCAGCCGGAGGGCACGAUGACGGUGACGCGCAACUGGCAGUGUCUUCCUGGAUACGAGCACUGCGGAUGUAUGAUCAUCCACUACAGUUUCCCAGCAGGAACACAAGGGCCUGAGCACCCAAAUCCUGGAGCGAGGUACAAUGGCACCUCUCGAACUGCCUACCUGCCAGCCUGUGAGGAGGGAGAGAAAGUCGUGAAUCUGUUGAGAAAAGCCUUCGACCGGAGACUCGUCUUCACUAUCGGACAGUCUGCCACCACAGGCCUCAACAACGUUAUCACCUGGAACGACAUUCAUCACAAGACCAACAUGAAAGGUGGCCCACAAUGUUUUGGAUAUCCAGAUCCAGAAUAUUUGUCCAGGGUUCAAGAGGAGCUUCGUAUUAAAGGAGUCACAGAGGACGACGAAUGAAUGAAGACAUUGGCCAAAUAGAUUUAAUAAUGUGUAUUGCAACACAGGCUUCUCUUGCCUUUGCAGCAAGAAGACCUGAAACAUGCAGAUUUGGGGAUUAGGCAAAUUGGACUCUGCAAAUUGACCGUAGGUGUGAAUGUGAGAGUGGAUGGUUGUUUGUCUCCGUGUGGCCCUGUGACGGACUGGUGUCCUGGCCAUUCGCACUAUGUCAGCUGGGAUUGGCACCAGCGACCCUCACGUGGAGGAUAAAGCAGUUGAAGAUGGAUGAAUGUAACAUAGGUAUUUUUUCCAGGUCUGCGCUUUUUUCAGUCCUCAAGAGGAAACCUCAUCAACAACACAUAGAUUUUAUUUCCUGGUGUUUAAACUACUAUUAUUAGAUAUUCAGUAAAAUACAGAAGUUAGUGAUUUUUACCAAAGAUUUUCAACUCUUCAUUAUGGUCCAGAGAGUUGGGUUCAUCAUUUCAGACAUUCAUCUGUUUCCACCUUUUACCUGUGUGGUCCACUAGAGGGUGAUGCUCUCCUCAAAGAAGACUGCGUGAUGGCGUCUCUUUUGUAUGCAGCUGUGUCAUCACCUCCAACCCACACUCCCGCAGCACCUCCCAAACCUUAUUUCCCAAAUUCAGUGAAAGGAGAAGAGCAAGUGCUGUCGAUGAUGAGUCAUGUGUUUCUAUGCUGCUCCGGCAGCUUCAGCAGCGGCAGUGGCGGCGACGGAUUUUACUUUAUAUACAAAGAAAAGGAAGGAGUAUGUCACUCAUUGAGCAUUGAACUAAUCAUCUGUGGAUUUCUGUUGAGAUUGGCAGUUAUUAAAAGGCAAAAUAAUCCAUGGCUUAUCUGCACCUUGACAUGGCUCAGAGGCAGGGUAUAGCAUCACAGGGCAAAACAUACAGAGACAAACAACCACGCUCACAUUCGCACCUAUAGUCAGUUUUAACUGUCCAGUAAAACUCCACGCUGCAUGUCUUUGGACUGUGGGAAGAAGCCAGAGUGCCCGUUUUUGCCUAUUCUUGUUUUUCUGCACUCUCCAGUUCCAGUUCUGAUUAUUUUUCUCAGAGUUAAUCCAGAGUUAUAGGAUGCGGGAAACAAAAACCUGUUAUCCCUUUUUUGUAAUCAGCAAGAAUGCACAUGUGACAAGGCAGAGUUACUGGGCUUGGCCUCUUCAGCACUGCAGUGUUAAGCAGUGGGGGGUAUUUCAAUGGCCUAUAGGAUCUGAGGGCAUCUGCUGCUCUCACAGAGCAGACCAUCAUCCAUCUGGUCAACUACAACACACACACACACACACAGACUUGUUUUUCUAUCUUAGUGACAGUGCCACAUAGACAUCAUGCAUUCCCUUGCCCAUUACCCUAACCAUAACCAUUGCAACUAAGUGCCUAAUCCAAAGCCUUGCCCUCAACCUAACCAAAACCCAAAUGUAACUCUAACCCUAAAACCAGGUCUUAACCCUGAAAAAGCACUUUAAAGUUCAAAAUAUCCUCACAAAGAUAGGUUUGUCACAAAAAAACAAACACAAAUACACACACAGGACCAUCAUGCCACCUUCCCCACCCUCUCCUUCCUGCCUUUUCUCACUAAUUAAUGUUAAAAACUAUUACCAUCUUGUUAUUUGAGUUUUUCCAUUCUUUGAAUGGAAAUAGGUAUUCCUCUCCUGUUGUAUCCUUAAAAACACGUUACAUGUUUGCACCUUUUUGUUUAGUCAUUUUACUAUAUUACAAUCUGAAGUUUUCAUGUUCCUGGAAGGUUGUGAUUAUAAGUAGGUCAGCAGAUUACAAAAAAAACCCACUGAACAUAUAUAACAGACAUAUGUCUGUUACAUAUGUCUGUUAUAUAUAAAAAAUCCCUUCCAGUUCAGUGCAUCUACUGUAACCGACAUUUGAAAAUAUAUAUAUUUUUAUGUGAAAUGCUGAUUAUUCUAUUAAAAGCCAUCCUCCCAUAUGACAGUAUAUGACCUUGGGCAUUAUUAUGUACUGUAAAUGCACAAUGUCAUGAUGAAACUCUCAGAUUUUAUAUUAAAAUGUAUUGACUCUUUUUUUUUCUCGGCAGGUAUUUCCCUUUACAAGUGUCCACCUGGCAUCUGGUAAUAAGGUCAAAGAAUGACAGAAAUGUAAAAUGACUAUAAAUAUGUAUUAAUGAUUAUGCACAGUGAUGUUGUGGGUGGAUUGUACCAAGCCACCUGAUAAAAUGGACCGAUAACAGAGUAAGAAUAAGCUCUCUGUGUAUGGAUUCCCUUACUUUCAGUUCCAUCGUACAAAUCUGUGUAUUAUAGAGCAAUAUAACUUGAAGGCACUGAAAAUAGCACCAAGCCCUUGUUGAUUUCACAUUUCUGGGUGUGACUAGACGGCUGUUCAGCAGGCACCCCCUGAAGAAACACACACAUAGCCAUCAGAUGAAAGAUGUGCAGUGUUUCCUGUCCUAGAGAUGAUAAGAAAAUCAGUAUGUGACAGAGCAGAGCUGUUGUUCUCGCCCCCUCUCCCCACUGUGCUCCUUAAUUAGAGUGUCUCUGGCAGAGGGGAAAACCCUGGCAUAUCGCCUGCCUCCUCCUCAUCCCCUGUUCUCUGGUGCUUAAGGCACCCGGUACCUGUCUGCCUUGUGCAGAGUGUGGCACUCUCUUUCUCCCUUGACUGUAACAAGGAUCCUCCCCCACAGAUUUAGCCCACUUCUGCGCACCUUUGUUUUUAUCUUUAUUUAUAUCUUCAUUCAGUUUCCUCUAUUUGUGGCGUUGACUCAAAGAUUGGCUGUGCUCACAA